AUGAGUGAAGCUUCGGAGACCCAUCCGCCUUCCAGGCGCCGAGUCGCCUUCGUUGUGCUCUUCCACUCGACGUGCGCCAUCUUGAGCACAAUUCUCUCCAAGUCUGCCUUAAAUGGUGUCGACGCCCCUGUGACAUUGCUGGCUUUUCAGACAACUGUACAGGUCGUGCUUCUUACAACCAUCGGCUACUUUACAAAAUGGAUUACAUUGUCCAGACCCGUUUCGGCAUGGAUUGCACUUCUUCCACUCACUGCUGCUCGACUUGUGGGCAUUCUUGCAAAGACUUACUGCUUGGCUUCAGUUAAUGCAUCCGUCUACCAGAUCGCUCGAGGUCUUCUGCUACCGUUCACACUCAUGUUGUCGCUUCUUGUCCUUCGACCACGCCCGUACUACCCGCCUCUGUCCCUUGGCGGAUGCGCCAUGGUCAUGGCUGGGUUUGGCGCUGGAAUGGCAUCGGACUAUAGCCAAAUGCUCACAAGUGGCAAGGGCGUGUUGCUCGGAGUUAUCUCGAGUUUUACCACAGCCGUCGAGUCCGUUGUCGUCAAGCGUUUCCUCGGCAAGAGCAGCGAGGGAAUGUGGCAGAUGGUUUGGAUGUCGAAUGUCAUGGCUGUCGGAUUUUACGUACCGCUGCUUGUUUUGUCUGGAGAAAUGGGAACCACUGCAGCUCUCUUCAGCUCGACAGCCACAGCUGAAGUGUCUGCCAGCGCUCGCCAGUUCCUGGGCACAGCAGUGCUUACUGGCGUGGCCGGAUUCUUGCUCACGAUAGCCACUUUCAUGCAGAUCGAAGUUACUAGCCCAACCACCCACAUGAUUGUGACAGCCGCACGAGGCGUGGCCCAGAGUGCCAUCGCUGUUGUGACUCUCGGAGAGCCAAUCACCGCCAAUCGCGCCGGCAGCAUGGCCCUUAUUCUAAGUGGCAGUGCCCUGUACGGUUGGGCCAAAGACCGUUAUGCGCAUAGCAAAAAGGGAAGCUAUUUGCCCGUUGCUCAAGGGCCUCAAGAAGCUCAACUUGAGACGUUAAACAAAGAAGGCCGCUAG